AUUCAGAGGGAGAGAGUAAGCCACAAGACAACGCCACACCUCUUCAAAUCCACACACUCAAACUCAGAUAUUUUCUCUCUCGACUUUCCACCAUUAAAGCCACCCACCCCCGUCUUUCUUCCUUUAUUAAUAAUCUCCAGCCUCAACGCCAACGGUUACUUUUCUCCCCGCAUCAACGGCUACUCCCCAUGCUCCCAGCAGAGAGAAACUGACCACUUCCAGAUUCCCGAUCUAGAGAGAGACCAAUAUCGAGAUGGAUUUCAGCUCCUUCUUGACGUCGCUCGGGACUUCCUUCGUGAUUUUCCUGGUUCUGAUGUUACUGUUCACUUGGCUUUCCAGGAACCCCGACAACAAGGUCAUUUACUACCCGAACCGGAUCCUCAGGGGAAUGGAUCCGAUCCAGGACGGCUCCAGGUUCGGGAAUCCGUUUGCCUGGAUCCGGGAGGCUCUCUCCUCCACCGAGCAAGACGUCAUCGCCGCCUCCAGCGUCGACGCUGCCGUCUACUUCGUGUUUCUCAGCACCAUGUUGGGGAUAUUGGUUUUAGCUGGACUAGUGCUGCUACCGGUCCUUUUACCAGUGGCUGCCACUGAUCACAGUGUGAGAUCAAGCAAUACCACAAGCAAUGGGACUUUCAAUGACCUUGACAAAUUCUCCUUGGGGCAUGUUAAAGAAAAAAGCUCUAGGUUGUGGGCUUUUGUGAUAGCUGCCUACUGGGUUUCUUUUGUGACAUACUACCUGUUGUGGAAGGCAUACAACCAUGUUUCUGAGCUGAGAGCUUCUGCUCUGAUGUCUCCUGAUGUGCGAGCUGAACAAUUUUCUGUUCUUGUCCGAGACAUACCUCCUCCGCCCGAGGGUCAGACAAGAAAGGAGCAGGUUGAUUCAUAUUUCAAAGCAAUUUACCCUGAUACAUUUUAUAGAUCAAUGGUGGUCACAGAUAACAAAGAGGUCAUUAAAAUUUGGGAAGAGUUGGAAGGGUAUAGAAAGAAGCUUGCACAUGCUGAAGCCAUAUAUGCAGAGUUGACAAAAAGUGGCAAAACUGAAGGGAUUAGACCCACCAAUAAAACUGGCUUUCUUGGUCUGAUCGGUAAAAAAGUAGAUUCCAUAGAGUACUAUAAUGAGAAAAUUAAUGAGUUGCUCCCAAAGUUAGAAACUGUACAGAAGGCAACUCUCAGAGACAAGCAAAGAGGCUCAGCUUUGGUCUUCUUUACCAGAAGGGCAACUGCUGCUUCUGCAGCUCAGAGUCUACAUGCCCGUCUGGUUGACACAUGGACAGUCAUGGAUGCUCCUGAACCCCGCCAAAUAAUAUGGACUAAUCUUCCGAAAAGCUUUUAUCAAAGGGAGACAAGGCAGUAUGUCGUCUAUACAAUUGUUGCAUUGACUAUACUUUUCUUCAUGAUUCCGAUUGGGAUCAUUUCUGCUUUCACAACAUUGGCAAAUCUACGGAAACUUCUCCCUUUUAUUAAACCAAUUGUUAAGGUGGAUGCAAUUAGAACAGUGUUGGAAGCAUAUCUACCUCAGCUUGCCCUUAUCAUAUUUCUGGCUAUGUUGCCGAAGCUUCUCUUAUUUCUAUCUAAGCAGGAGGGCAUUCCUUCAGUGAGUCAUGCAGAAAGGGCUGCCUCAGGGAAGUACUUCUACUUCACAGUAUUGAAUGUUUUUAUUGGAGUUACGAUAGGUGGAACCCUGUUCGAUUCCUUCAAAGACAUUCAGAAGAAUCCAAGUUCUAUUGUUUCAUUACUAGCGCGUAGCCUUCCAUCUAAUGCAACUUUCUUCCUCACCUUUGUGGCCCUGAAGUUCUUUGUUGGCUAUGGAAUGGAGCUGUUCCGGGUAGUACCUCUGAUCAUUUACCGUCUAAAGCGGAAGUACCUUUGCAAGACUGAAGCUGAAAUAAAACUAGCUUGGGCUCCAGGCGAUCUCGGGUUUGCAACCAGAAUACCUGGUGAUAUGCUGAUUCUCACAAUUGUGCUUUGCUACUGUGUCAUAGCUCCGGUGAUUAUUCCGUUUGGUGUGCUAUACUUUGGCCUUGGCUGGCUUGUCCUUCGAAAUCAGGUGCUCAAUGUUUACGUUCCUUCGUAUGAGAGCUACGGGAGGAUGUGGCCGCACAUAAACACCCGAGUUGUGGCUGCUCUGUUGCUGUACCAAGUCACCAUGUGUGGUUACUUCGCAAUAAAGAAGUUCAUAUACACGCCCAUACUAAUCCCACUCCCCAUACUCUCCUUGAUCUUCGCCUUCGUCUGUAGUAAGAAAUUCUACCGGUUCUUCCAGGCCACUGCUCUCGAAGUAGCUUGUCAAGAUCUGAAGGAAACUCCAAACAUGGAACUGAUCUUCAGGUCAUUCCUGCCACCUUACUUGUGUGUCAACAAGGCGGCGGACGAGGAUCAGUUUGAAGAUGCUCUGUCUCAGGUUUCAAGGUCGGCCUCGUUCGCCUGAUCCCCCACGUACAGUUUGAUCGUUUUGGGUAUCGAUUUCCUCGGGUUUUAUAACGUUUUGUAACUCCCUGUCAUGUAAACUUCGCUGCUAUUGAUUAUCUUUGUUUGUUGGUAAUUACUAGCUUGUGAAUUGCUUUCUUUCAA